GUUCAGUCUACCACGACAGAUAGACGGAGCUACAUUCACACCAGUGUGUUGCUGCAACUGGACUAUUUACACGUCAACAUAUUGAAGAGCAGCUGAAGAAUUUCCUCCAAACAAAAGAAGAGGAUCAACUCAGCAAGAAUCUCAUGUCAAGCUACAGCAACGGUGGAUUUUUCAACCCUGCUUACCAUGACAGUGAGACUCUGGAAGUUGAUAGAAGAUAUUCAAACAAAUCCCACCAUACUAACCCCUAUGCCAGGGAAGACCCGGCCUGGCAGGAUGACAGGGCAGAGACACAUGACGGCCGCAUGAGUCAGAUGACGGGCGGUGAUGAGGCUUUUGCAAGAGUGCCCUGGAGGGGCUGGCAGGGGGAGAGCUGGAGGGGGAUAGAGAGCAUCCCCAUGGGCCUCAUUUCAGCGCGCCCUGGGAGCCCUUCACAGCAGCAUGAUCUCAACCGCAGCACAUUUCAGGUCAACCCAGACUCUCAGUAUGAUCGAUCAUCAUCGGUUCAACUUCCUUCUUCAGGCAAAAUGACAAUGAGAUGGAGGGGAGUCACUGUGCGGAGGAUGAGCAUGUUUCCCGACACUGAUCCUGCUCAUGUAGCAUUCACAGAGCAUGCCAUCAGGAAUGAGAUGGAGAAUGAGGAACAGAACCUGGUCAAGGACCUUGUUGCCAUGUCAACACGAGACCGAAUCCGAGCUAUUCAGGAUCUUCCAAUGAGCUUUGAGGAAAAGAAACAUAUCAGGAGCCAAGUAAUGGCAUUCAAGUCCACCAAGCAAUCUCGCCAGUUCACAUGUUUUGCAGAUUGCUCUGAGAAUGUGUCACUGUUUUUCCGCAGGUGUGGCUACAGUAUCCGGUCAGCCAGGCAGACCCUGGAGCUGUGGCAAGGCAUCAUGAAAGAGAUUGGUGGCAAGUUUGGCACCAGUGUCCUCUCCUAUUUCGUUUUCCUCAGAUGGUUGCUCAUGUUCAACAUCUUCUCCUUCCUGGUGAACUUUGGCUUCAUCACCAUCCCGCUGCUUGUUAGCGACCCCUUACCCAACAUACCUCCAGAAGUGAGCUUCAAAGGACUGGAGAUACUGACUGGAGCUGGUUACUUCACCUCUACGGUCAUGUACUAUGGUGGCUACAGCAAUAAAACACUUGUGGGUCGAGUUGACUACAACAUGCAGCUGGCCUAUUUCUUCACCAUUGCAGUCUACAUGGUGCUGUGUGGUAUUGCACUUAUUUUCAGCAUGGCGAGCUCAUUUAAAACAAACUAUGUUCUAGAAGCACCAGCUUCAAGUGGCGCAUGGCAGGUUCUGUGCAGCUGGGAUUUUAGUGUAACCAAUGAGAGAGCAGUGAAGCAGCGCAAGAACAACCUCCGUGUCCAACUCAAGGAGUCUUUGUCGGAGAAGGCCCAGAGGGAGCUGCUAACCCUCUCUGAAAAACUGAAGCACUUCGGGGUUUAUCUUGGUUCCUGGCUCCUCUCCACUGGCUUAGCUGUUGGCUGCGGAGCCAGCAUCUACUACCUCUGCCAAUAUGAACAGCGGCGAGCAACUGCAGCUGCCAGCUGGUCUCUGCUGCAGGAGGCAGAGACUCUCCUGGUUCCUUUUGUGGUGUCUCUGAUGAAUCUGGUCGUCCCGCUCUUCUACUCACUCUUCAACAAGUUUGAGCACUACUCCAGUCAGCGGAGACAGAUCUAUGCUCUCGUGGUCAGAAAUGUCUUACUCAGGAUAUCCAUUCUGGGUGUCUUGUGUUAUUACUGGAUGAACGUGGUUGCUACGAAUUUUUCGUGUUGGGAGUCCUUGGUAGGACAGGCUUUGUACCGUCUGGUCAUUUUUGACUUCUUCUUCCUGAUGUUGGGAUCUUUCUUUGGAGAGUUUCUCAGCAAUGUAAUCGGGACCACAUUAUUACCACGUCUGGGGGUUCCAGAGUUUGACAUAGCCAGAAAUGUCCUUGAACUCAUAUAUGCACAGACACUUGCCUGGGUUGGGAUCUACUUCUCUCCCCUGCUGCCUGCCAUCCAGAUUGUCAAGUUUUUCAUUUUAUUUUACUUGAAGAAGGUCAGCUUGACCCAGAACUGCCAGCCUCCGCGGCGAACAGGCAGGGCAGCUCAGAUGCAAACAACCUUCAUCGCCCUCCUCUUCUUCCCUUUCUUCGUGGGAGCCUUGUCCAUGGUUGCAUACACUGCCUGGAGUCUGACUCCCUCGGAGCAGUGUGGUCCUUUCCGGGGACUCAACAACACCUUCAGUGUGGUUGGCAUCUGGAUAGAUGAUCUGGGGGAGAUCCCUGGUUCUCAGUGGGUUGUCUGGAUCUACCAAAAUGUCAUCAGGAGUGAAAUCUUCUAUUUUCUUAUCACACUCAUCAUCCUGAUCAUCAUAUACAUGUUCUGGCAAGUCACUCGGGGCCGCAAGGAGUUGAUUGGUCUACUGAAACAGCAGAUUCUUAAUGAGGGAAAAGACAAGUCGUUCUUGUUGGACAAGCUCCAGAACCUCCAGAAAUCUCAGCCUAAUAAAAAAUCUAAACACAAGAAUCAAAAAAAGCCCAAACGACGUUCAGAUGAUCACUCCUCAGGCGGUCAGUCCAACUCAAAUGCCAUGUUUCAGGCUCUCCUUGCUCGCCAGCGUCUCGAAGAGGAAGAAGAAAGACGGAGCAAUGGUGGAGUGUUGGUUCCCUCCGACAUGUCCACCUCCAGUGCCCAGAUGCAGGCCAUGUUGGCCCGGCAGAGAGCUGACGACCUGGUUGAAGAUGUGUACCAGAUGUCUGAUAAACACCACUCGUCCUCCAAUGCCCUCGCACAGGCCCUGCAGGCCAGGCAGAGGGUAGAGGGUCAAGAGAGGGAUGAGUACUACGGCGCAGCAGGCUUUUCUGAAAACACGGGUGACCCAACAUCUCCUGUGUCAAGUGUUAUGAUGCAAGUCAUGCAAGCCAGGCAGAGAGCUGAGGAAGAAGAACAAAACCCAGUCCCCUCACGCUCCAGUGCUCUCAUUCAGGCCAUGUUGGCCCGGCAGCAGGCCCAGAACGAGUUUGAUGACGGUUACUGAACUAACUGAAAUGAUCACAAACGGAGAGGACUUAAAGAGAAAAGAUAUACAGAAUAGAUUUUCUUUAAGCUGACUGUCAUUCAACUUGUCAUGUUGUAAUUUAGCAUCAGUCAAGAAAUCGGGGUAUUUCUCCAGAAAUGCAAUGAAUUAAAACCUGCUGCGUAUUCAAAAGAACAAAUACAUUUCUAGUUGCAGAGCUAUAAGAGAGUGCAGGUUCACCUCUUUAUAAACCUUUUUUUAAAAGAUAUAUUUUAUAACAUUAUAAUACAUUUCUUUAAGUCUUUUGACAGAAAAGUACCAACAUUAACUCAUAAGGUCUGAUUCUGUGUCAUUUCUAAUGUAAUUUCUGUAUCAUA